UUUCCAAUUUCCGAGUUCCGUAAUCAUUUUCUUUGCAACCAAACACGCUUCUCUUUUAGAGGCCUCCACCCCAACCUACAAAUUAUUGUUAAAGCCCUCGCUUUCUUCCUCCUUUCAAUCUCAAAACCUCGAAGAACCAGAGAAUAUGGGUAAAUAUCGAAACGGUUCUCUCUCAGAGAACUCCGACGAAGAAACGGGAACACCAUCUAAACCCAAACCCAAACACAAAUCCGACUCAGAAUCCGAAGAUACAAAGCCCAGAAGCCACAGCAAAAGCGACAAAGGGAAACGACCGAGCAAAUCACGAAGAAGACACGACAGCAGCAGCGGUAUCAGUGAAGACGAUUCGUAUUCGGACUCAGAAUCCGAAUCGGAAUCCCAGUCGGAGUAUUCGGGAACGGAAUCAGGGUAUUCGGAUUCGGAGGAGGAGAGGAGGAGGAGGAAGAGGAAGAGAAGGGAGAGAGAAGAAAGGGAAAGGAAAAGGAGGAAGAAAGAGAAGGAAAAGAAAAGGAGAAGGAAAGAAAAAGAGAGAGACGAGGAGAGGAAAAGAAAGAAGAGAAAAGAGAAAGAAAGGAAAGCAAAGAAAAAGAAGGAUAAGUUAGAGAAAGGGAAGAAAGGUGCUGUUACAAAUUCGUGGGGGAAAUAUGGAAUUAUCAGAGAAACUGAUAUGUGGAAUAAGCGACCUGAAUUCACAGCAUGGUUAGCUGAAGUGAAACAGAUAAACUUGGAAAGCUUGCCCAACUGGGAAGAGAAGCAGUUGUUUAAAGAUUUUAUGGAAGAUCACAACACAGCCACCUUUCCUUCCAAAAAAUAUUAUAACCUUGAUGCUUAUUAUAAGUGCCAAAUGGAGAAAGAGAACAAAAAGGGUGUUAAAAAGGUUCUCCAAGGAGAGCGUACUGUAUUCAAUGAUGAAGAACAGCGCCGGCAAGAAAUGCUUAUGGCCCGUGAAAAGCAGAAGGAAGAAGAGGUUCAAGCUUUGAAACUUGCUAUGCAGAGUGGAAUGGCGCAAGCAAUGAAGGAACAAACUCAGUUACGGGAAGAGAUGGCAUACUUGUACAAAAUCGGCAACUUUGAGGCUGCAGCUGCUAUACAAAAACGGCUCGAUCCAGAUGUUGCAAUGUAAGAAGAAUUGCCUAGACGGCACUAAUGACUAGUCAGAACUCAUGAAUUCCGCAUUGGCUGUGUAAUAUGCUUUAGAUAUUAGUCAGUUCUAAGCUUUACGUUAAUUGACUACCGGAGAAUGGUAUCGAGAGAAGGAAUUUACUCGUUUGUAUCGGUACAAGGUUGAAUAUAAUUGUAUCCGUUUUACCAGGAUAACAGUUUUUUUGAAAUACCUCACAUCCGUUUUUAGUAUGCAAGAAAGUAGUAUAUGGUGCUA